AUGGAAGGUACUACGAGUCAAGCGGGCAGGAGGACUUUGAGGCCAAUUGAAGAAUACAACUAUCAGAGAAACGUUCUGAAGACAUACUCCUGUUUCAUUGUGGCUUCAAAAUUGAGUGAAUGCGUUGAUAAAGAGGUUCUUUUAUUUGGAAUUCAGAAACUGGUGGCAAGCCGUAAACAGCUGAGACUGAAUGUGUUCAAAGAAGACGGCACCAACGACCUAUAUUUGCAGGAAAUAUCGGAUUGGAGCGUUGAUGAUGUUGUGGAGUUCAAAACGGGUAGUGAUAUUGUGGAGGAGAUCGGUAUGGCUCAUAGAUACUGCUUUGUAACUGCAAUCAACAAGCCCUUGUGGAAACUAGUCGUUCUCAAUUCUCAAUGGUUAUUAUUACAGUGUGACCAUACGCUACUAGACGGGAAUUCUGCUGCUUUUUUCCACGAAGAAUUGGUCUGUCUAUUGAAUAAUCAACCAAUUGGCAAAGACUUAGAGGAGGAGUCGCAACUCUCAAAAUUCACAACACCUUCAACUAGAUACCUGAUCGGAUGUCUGUUCAGUGAAUUCAGCCCCAAGUGGUUGUCAAAUUGGUUUGGGAAACUAGGCAAAAUGCCAUUCACAGAGAAAUCUCAGUAUCAAACGGAUGAUCCAAGUUGGAAUAUCAGUGUCAAGUCUCCCAUAAAAGAUAACGAGUUCAAGACGUUAAAGCAUCUAAUCACAAUAAAUACCCAAGAAUUCAUUAAGUUGAAGUCCUUACUGAAGGCGCAAUCGGUCUCCUUCACGAGUUUCUGGCUAUAUUUGAACCUUUCAGUGCUUUCUCAGUUUACUCAACUCUCUUUAAACUGUAGCAUUCCAGUGAAUUUGAGAACCUUAUUAGACAAAAGAAAUGCUAAGAGUUAUGGACUAUUCGUUUCUGCUGUGGAACUCAAGUUAUCCACGAGACUAGUCUCUCAUGAAUCAUUCGAUUGGAAUUACGUCAGAUACAUACAAUCCCAUUUAUCUCCAGUUAAACUGGAAGAAAGUGCUCAGUUAGUUGGAAUGCUCAACUAUGUAAACGCCAAGGACUAUCUACUCCAGAAAUCUUCCAAACCAAGAACUUGUACUCUGGAGAUCUCUAAUCUAGGACUCCGAGAGGACUACAAAAACACUGCCGCUCAACCCUACCUUAAUGAAAUCAUUUUCUCCCAACCAAAUAACAUUACUGGUCCAUAUAUAACAAACGAUAUGGCCUCCACUUCAGAACAGGUGAAUAUUCUAAUCGGUGCAGUCCCAGAGUGUGGAUAUUUUUACGAUCUUUAUACAUCUGGGCUGGAAGCCUUACUGAAUGAAUUCAUUCGCGACAUUUAA